UUUUUGUUUUCUUGUGGAGUGCCGGCGAGCUGUGUUUUUGUUUUUCAUGUUUUUCAGCGCAAGAAGGGGAUCUCAUGACCUUUUAGACGCCUUAAGGCCGAGAGAGUCAGGUGGUCGGGCCACCGAUGGAGCUCGUCUCCCUCGUCUUGAAACGCCUCUUCCUUCUUCUUCUUGCCCUUCUCUCAUGUCCCACCAACACGAUCGCUAGAGGCGGGGACCUGGGCGCGCAUCCUCCACCAGGGUUUAUGGGCCGUGGAGGUGGUCUCCUUGCCCGGCGUCUGUUUGAAGAUAACUAUCCUGAGAUAACCGAUGAAAUGACUCGUGGGUAUAUGAGCAACUCCGAGCUUGAGGAGGCUGUAAAGAAAUUCAGUAAAAGAUGUGCUAAUAUUUCCAGGAUAUACAGCAUUGGAAAGAGUGUACAGGGUUAUCCAUUGUGGGUAAUUGAAAUAUCUGACAAGCCUGGGCAAGAAGAGCCUGAACCUUCAUUUAAGUUCGUCGGUAACGUGCAUGGUGAUGAACCUGUUGGACGAGAGCUACUGAUGCUUCUUGCAAAUUGGUUAUGUGACAACUAUAUGACGGAUACCUUGGCAACACUAAUUGUUAAACAUGUCCAUCUGCAUAUUCUUCCAACAAUGAAUCCUGAUGGAUUUGCUCUUAGGAGACGCGGGAAUGCAAAUAACGUGGACCUGAAUCGAGAUUUUCCUGACCAAUUUUAUCCUAUAAAUGAUAUCAAGCACUCCCGCCAACCAGAAACAAGAGCAAUUAUGACUUGGGUGAAGGAAGGUCAUUUCACAGCCUCUGCAAGUUUACAUGGGGGUGCGCUUGUUGCAAAUUAUCCUUGGGAUGGCUCCCAAGAUACACGGAAACAGUAUACUGCAAGCCCUGAUGAUAAGACUUUUCGCUAUAUGGCUAGUCUCUAUAGUCGUUCACACUAUAACAUGUCCCUGAGCCAAGAAUUUGAAGGAGGGAUAACAAAUGGGGCACUGUGGUACCCUAUAUAUGGUGGAAUGCAAGAUUGGAACUACAUUCAUGGGGGUUGUUUCGAAUUGACUUUGGAAAUUAGCGAUAAUAAAUGGCCUCAAGCAAACGAGCUUCCUAUCAUCUGGGAUUACAACAGAAAGAGUAUGUUAAACCUAGUAGCAAGUCUUGUGAAGACAGGGGUUCAUGGAAGGAUUUUCUCAUCAAAAGAUGGUCAUCCAUUGCCUGCCUCUGUAAUGAUCAAGGGGAUCAACUACAAGGUGAAUGCCAGUAGUACAUUGGGUGAUUACCAUCGAAUGUUGACCCCGGGGGAGAGCUAUGAAGUUAUGGUGUCUAUGCCUGGCUUCCAGCAAAAAGGUACACGAAUAUUGCUAGGAGAUGAAUCAGCUAGCUUGGAUUUCAUUUUGGAUCCUGAUGAAGCAACCAAAAAUGAGCAUACUAGUGUUAAAGGAUUUGGCUGCAGCUGUGAUGGGAAAGACAAGCUUGAGCUGGUUGAGUAUUUAAGAGGGGUCCACCUGGAAAUCUAUAUUCUUGUCUGCAUAUCCUUGUUUCUCUGCUUUUUGUUGAGGAGGAAAACAUUGUGCAAGUUACUGAACCGGCGGAAACAGAUCACACAAAAACGACCGGUGGUUGUUUAAAGCCAACUAAUACAUAGUAAUUCUUUGGUCACCUAUAAAGAAGGCAUUUUUUUGGUUUCUUGGGGUGAUCCUGAUGGUGAUGCAUUCUACAAGGGAGUAGCUGUAUCGUUAUCUGCAAGCACGAGAUGGGUGCCAGCCAUAGAGCAGUAGCAGAAUUUAUCGGUGCUUGCUGUAUACUAACUAUUUGCAUUAAUUGAAAAUGAGGUCAUGUAAGUGAUUUAAACUGUGUUGAAAAUGAGGUCCUCUUGCGUGGUUUCCUU